AUGCCGUGCUGUUGCAGACACCGCAAAUGUCCCGAAAUUCUGCGCCGCGUUCCAGCGUUCACGGUGCAGGUUGGCCAGCAAUGCGUGCAAGUGUGCCCUCCAUGUGCCGUGCCGCUUUUCUGCAUCCGCCCGCGAACACACAUUUCCAGCUUCCGGCGGUUUUUCCUGCGUGGAGAUGUGCCGAUAUCACGCGAGUACGGCCCACGGGGCCUGCAGCACUUCAUCAAGUGGCAUACGCCACCGGAGCAGCUGGUGUAUGAGCGCUUUUUGCCGCUGUUCUUCGACGGGUUGUGCGAGUCCACAUUUCCGUACCGGGAAUUUGUGCGCCACGGUAUUAGCGACAUGCUUGCGGUCGGCUCCGAGCAGCAGAUAUUCCAGACCAUUCCGAUGCUGAUAAUGCCAAUGCGCGAGGCCCUGAAUACGAGAAAUCCGGACAUUAUAAUUGCGACAUUAAGAGCGCUACAGCAGCUGCUGCGCGUCGGACCAUCGAUUGGUGUCGCUCUCGUACCGUACUAUAGGCAGUUGCUUCCGAUGCUUAAUCUGUACAAACAGAGGCGUGUGAACAUAUGUGACCGAAUAGACUUUCGUGGAGGUCGCCGCAUCGGUGAUGUGGUCAACGAUACGCUGGAGAUGCUGGAACGGUAUGGAGGAGCCGAUGCGUACCUCAACAUUAAGUACAUGGUUCCAACCUACGAAAGCUGCGUAUACAAUCGAUAG